GUAUAUAAACUCGAAGCACGCUGACGGAGAUCACAUAAUCCUCGAAACUCUCGGCAAUAGCACAGUACAACGAGACACAAUCAAAAACUGUUCAACAUCAUGAACGCCAAGACGCUCGUAGUGCUUCUCGCAGCAAUCGCCUGUGCCUUCGCAUUUUCCGAAACAUCUCAUGACUCCAGCGUACCGUCGGCAGUCUGUCGUGAACCGCUUGUGACUGGACCCUGCAAAGCUUAUAAACCUCAAUACGGCUAUAACAACGAGGAGAAGAGAUGCGUCAGAUUUAUCUACGGUGGCUGCCAAGGAAAUGACAAUAGAUUUAAAACAUUGGAAGAAUGUCAAAAGGCUUGCAACUUUCGAGAGGAAUAACGAAUAAACAGAAUCGUCCGCCGUAUUUUUGUUCGAAGGAAAUUUUAUUAACAUAGCGUUAGAUUCUCUGUGCAAAACUGGCGAGUUCAAACUCUUGCCGUUUCUUUGUCGAAAUAUUGAAAAAUAUCAGACACACUCCAUAUACAUGCAUUUACAUACAUACACACAUAAUUGUCAUAUAGAGAUCCGUUAUAUUCGUCCAUUAUUUUAAUGUACACAUUGAGCAAGUGCCUUAUGCAGGUUUAAUAAAAGAAUC